AAAUGGCCACCGACGCGAAUCAGCAACUCGCGAUGAUCCUCGGCCCCGAAACGGCGCCGUUCGAGACACUAAUCUCCCACCUCAUGUCCUCAUCCAACGAGCAACGCUCCUCCGCCGAGUCUCUCUUCAACCUCGCGAAACAGACCAAUCCCGACGCCCUCGCCUUGAAGCUCGCUCACCUCCUCCAGCUCUCCCCUCACCCCGAGGCCCGCGCCAUGGCCGCCGUCCUCCUCCGCAAGCUCCUCACGCGCGACGACGCUUACCUCUGGCCUCGUCUCUCCCUCCAAACUCAAUCCUCGCUGAAAUCGUCGAUGAUGGCUUGUAUCCAGCGCGAGGAGGCCAAAUCGAUCUCCAAGAAGAUCUGCGACACCGUCUCCGAGCUCGCCUCCGGGAUCCUCCCGGAGAACGGGUGGCCUGAGUUGCUCCCGUUCGUUUUCCAGUGCGUGGCGUCGGAUUCGUCGAAACUGCAGGAAUCGGCGUUUUUGAUAUUAGCGCAGUUGUCACAGUACGUUGGGGAGAGUUUGACUCCUCACAUUAAACAUCUACACGGAGUUUUCCUCCAGUGUUUGAGUAGUAACGCCGUUAAUUCGGACGUCAAGAUCGCGGCGCUUAACGCCGUGAUUAGUUUCGUCCAGUGUCUAACGAACUCAACCGAGCGUGAUAGGUUUCAAGACGUGUUGCCAGCGAUGAUCAGGACGUUGACUGAGUCUCUAAACAAUGGGAACGAAGCGACGGCGCAGGAGGCGUUGGAGCUUUUCAUCGAAUUGGCCGGGACCGAGCCGCGGUUCUUGAGACGGCAGCUAGUUGAUAUCGUUGCCUCGAUGCUUCAGAUUGCAGAGGCUGAGUCGCUUGAGGAGAGUACGCGUCAUCUGGCGGUUGAGUUUUUGGUGACGCUCGCUGAGGCGAGGGAGCGUGCGCCUGGGAUGGUUAGGAAGCUGCCUCAGUUUAUUGAUAGGUUGUUUGCGGCUCUGAUGAAGAUGUUGGAGGAUAUUGAGGAUGAUCCUGCUUGGUAUAGCGCUGAGACUGAGGAUGAGGAUGCUGGAGAGACGAGUAACUAUAGUAUGGGUCAGGAGUGUUUGGAUCGGUUAGCGAUUGCGUUGGGAGGGAAUACUAUUGUUCCGGUUGCGUAUCAGCAGUUUUCUGCGUACUUGGUUGGUUCUGAGUGGCAGAAACAUCAUGCUUCUUUGAUUGCGCUUGCUCAGAUUGCUGAAGGUUGCUCAAAGGUGAUGAUUAAAAAUCUUGAGCAAGUGGUGACAAUGAUCUUGAGCCAAUUUCAAAGUUCUCAUCCUCGAGUAAGAUGGGCAGCCAUAAAUGCGAUUGGACAGUUGUCUACGGAUUUGGGUCCAGAUUUGCAGAACCAACAUCAUCAGAGAGUGCUCCCUGCACUUGCUGCUUCUAUGGAUGAUUUCCAGAAUCCACGUGUGCAGGCUCAUGCUGCUUCAGCUGUACUCAACUUCAGUGAAAAUUGUACACCUGAAAUACUGGCACCUUAUUUGGACGGAAUUGUCAGCAAGUUGCUUGUGCUCCUACAAAAUGGAAAACAAAUGGUGCAAGAAGGAGCUUUAACGGCUCUUGCGUCAGUUGCUGAUUCAUCGCAGGAACACUUCCAAAAGUACUAUGAUGUUGUCAUGCCUUAUCUUAAAACUAUUUUGAUGAACGCAACUGACAAAUCUAAGCGGAUGCUUCGUGCCAAAUCCAUGGAAUGCAUCAGUCUUGUUGGAAUGGCAGUUGGAAAAGACAGAUUUAAGGCUGAUGCUAUACAGGUCAUGGAAGUGCUUAUGUCAUUGCAAGGUUCUGAAAUGGAGGCAGAUGAUCCAAUAACGAGUUACAUGUUACAGGCAUGGGCUAGGCUUUGCAAGUGUCUAGGCCAAGAGUUCCUCCCAUACAUGAAGUUUGUGAUGCCUCCUUUGCUUCAGUCAGCUCAACUUAAGCCAGAUGUAACAAUUACAUCUGCUGAUUCAGAAGAUGAAGCAGAGGAUUCCGAUGAUGAGAGCAUGGAGACGAUUAUCCUGGGCGACAAAAGAAUAGGAAUUAAAACGAGUGUCCUAGAGGAAAAAGCCACAGCUUGUAACAUGCUUUGUUGCUAUGCUGAUGAGCUCAAAGAAGGUUUUUUUCCCUGGGUUGAUCAGGUUGCACUUACAUUGGUUCCUUUGCUGAAAUUCUAUUUCCACGAAGAAGUUAGAAGAGCUGCUGUGUCAGCCAUGCCGGAACUAAUGCGCUCAGCCAAACUGGCAAUAGAGAAAGGACAAUCCGAUGGGCGCGAUCUAUCCUACUUGAAGCAGCUUUCUGACUACAUAAUUCCAGCCAUGCUGGAAGCUUUGCAUAAAGAGCCUGAUACAGAGAUCUGUGUCAGUAUGUUGGAAGCUAUGAAUGAAUGCUUGCAGAUCUCUGGAAAUCUUUUGGACGAAGGGAAAAUUAGAUCCAUAGUUGAUGAACUAAAGCAAGUUAUGACAGCAAGCUCAAGUAGGAAACAAGAGAGAGGAGAGAGGGCCAAUGCUGAAGAUUUUGACGCUGAAGAGGGAGAGCUUAUUAAGGAGGAAAAUGAGCAAGAGGAAGAAAUUUUUGAUCAGGUUGGAGAAAUAUUGGGAACACUGGUAAAGACAUUCAAGGCCUCGUUUCUGCCUUACUUCGAUGAAUUAUCCUCUUAUUUAACUCCUAUGUGGGGAAGAGAUAAAACAGCUGAAGAGAGAAGAAUUGCAAUAUGCAUAUUUGAUGAUGUUGCAGAACAGUGCCGUGACGCUGCCUUUAAAUAUUAUGAUACCUAUCUUCCAUUCGUACUGGAAGCGUGCAAUGACGAGAGCGCAGAUGUUCGACAGGCUGCCGUUUAUGGGCUUGGUGUUUGCGCUGAGUUUGGUGGAUCUGUAUUCAAACCUCUUGUUGGAGAGGCCCUGUCAAGAUUAAAUGUUGUGAUACAGCAUCCAAAUGCUCGACAGUCUGAAAAUGCCAUGGCAUAUGAUAAUGCUGUGUCCGCAGUACUUCCUGCGUGGUUGAACUGUUUACCUAUAAGUAAUGAUGUCAUGGAAGCCAAAGUGGUUCAUGAUCAGCUCUGCUCAAUGGUUGAGAGGCAAGAUGUGGACCUUUUAGGCCCCAAUAACCAGUAUCUGCCAAAAAUCUUAACAGUAUUUGCUGAGGUGCUAACAAGGAAAGAUGUGGUGACAGAAGAGACGGGAGGUCGUAUGAUAAAUAUAAUAAGGCAACUGCAGCAAACACUGCCACAAUCGGCAUUGGCCUCAAUAUGGUCAACAUUGAAACCCGAGCAGCAGCUCGCUCUCCAAUCCAUGCUUUCCUCCUAAAAUUCAUUCCAAAAUCGCUGGUCUCAGUCUUGUGAGCGUCGUCAGUUUUGCAUUUUAAAGUUUUUUACUACAUUUCUUUUGCAUUUUUCAGCGUUUGUUUUUCUUGGGGAGGGAUGAUGAAUGGGUCUAUCUAAUCCUUUCUAAGUUAUGAAAUGAAAGUGUAUAUUAGGAGGGAAUGAUUCCCCUAAACACACAAAGGUUUGGUGUUGGCUUCUGGGUUUGGGGAGUGAUGAAGAUUUUGGUGCUUAUACGAGAAACUAAAUCAGAAAGAAAGGGUCUCGAUUUUUUGAGUUUUUGUAUGCAUGUGAGAAUUUUUGGAGUGAUUAUUCUUCUCUCAUUGCCAUUGUUAUUUUUGUACUCUUUUGCUUGGCUUUUUCCAAAUUAAAUUUUAUCUUUUUAUAUUGUUAUUUCGGUAAACUAGUCGUUCUAAACUUCCGGUUCUUUUAAUGAAAAUAAUUAC